CAGUCCCUCGGUCUGUCUGAGACUUCCUCCUUCGUGGGAACUUUUCUCAGGGAAGGCACAGUACAUGUAGACCCGCAACGUCUGGACGGCCCCAAACGAACUGCCGCAAUCCUAUCCUCCCCUCAACACCACUGCGCAGCUACAUGCUAGGAACUGUUGGAAACAUGACCGUCUCCACCAUAAGCCAUAGCGACGCAGGAGGCAAAAUGCGUAUCUUCCUUACUCAAAGCGCCUACGGCCUCCAUGCCUCGUCCGGCGGUUACCGCGCCAACCUCGCUUUCUGCCGUGCAAUGGUCGCUGCUGGCCACACCGUUCUAAUGCUCGCGCUCCCAUAUCGCAAGGACCUCAAGCUACUGAAAGACGUUGUUCACGUCGGCUCUCGACCAUUUGGUACCUCCAUCAGUACAGGGGACACCGCGGAACAGCAACGAAAACAGCACCAUAUCGAUGUGUUCAAAUUCAAUUACCUAGAAUUGGAGGUCGUGGGCCUUGAAGCGGAGCAGUACGCUGACGUGUUUGAUUCGAAGGAGACUGAGGACGUUGAGAGAUACAGUACGUGGUUGGAGGGCGGAAAUGACGACGAUCAUGGGGAAGCGAAUAGCGGCGAUGUGGAUGACGAGAAGUGCAUUUACCAAGCCCGGCAAAAAUUCGUGUACGAGCUCAUUGAGGAGUUUCAGCCGACGCAUCUUGUAAUGAACGAACGCGGAAGUCUGAAAAUCGCAAUGGACAAGCGCAUGCCUCUGCCGCAGUGCGUGAGAGUCUUUGUCGCGCACGAUGUAAACAACCUGCCGUUCGGACCCUACGCGGUUGCUGGUGAAACUAAGGCUCAGCAUCAACGUCUCAAGGACGUUGAUGCCCUCUGGGCCGUUAGCAAAGCCGUGCAGGCCUACUUUACGCACUUCGGCGGCAUAACCCACGGCAAAGCCCUUCACAACCACCCCGUUAUCUAUGCCGAUAACCCUGAGGACCUCACCUUCUACGACAACUUCGACAAGACCUACGUCACAUUUAUCAACCCCGGCCCGCUCAAAGGAUUCCAGAUCGCGCACUCGAUCAUCCGUCUAAUGCCCGACAUCGAGUUCCUGGUGGUCAAAUCAUGGUCAAUGGUGGACCACGUCGUGGAGGAGUACGAAGCACUGCCAAACGCAACAGUCGUUCCCUCAACCAAACGUAUCGACGAUCUCUUCGCACAGACAAAACUCCUCGUCGUGCCCUCGGUCUGCUACGAAGCCUUCGGUCUCGUGGUCGUCGAGGCACUGCUACGUGGAAUCCCCGUCGUCUCAUCCGACGCUGGCGGGUUACCGGAAGCCCAUCUCGGCGUACCAUGGGUCGUGCCUGUCACUCCAAUGUCGGGAGAGAAGGAAACGGAUGUGGAGGUGAUGAGCAGGCUGGGCGAGUGGAAGAUCCCGUUCAAUGACCCCGACCCCUGGCUGCAUAUCAUACAUGCGGCGCUGCAUGAUCACGAACUGUAUGAACGCGUCCGCGUGCAGGGACGUGAGACUGCACUGGAGUAUCUGCGCUCCCUUGAUACUGGAAUUUAUGAGCGGUGGCUUUUGGAGCUUGCACGGCGUAAGAUUUAUGGGCCAGGAGAGAAUGGAAGUAAGGGACGGGUGAAUGGGGUCGCGGAUGGAGAAGCUGCGGGUGCGGCGGGGCGUUGAACGCAACAAGGGGGAAAGACAUGAACCCAAGGCAAUUGCGAAGCCUGUUCAGUGAGGCUGUGGAGAACCUUGUGCGUCAGCGUGAUGGACUCAUGUUUGGCCGAACGACCCGAGCCUUAUGCCUCUCCGCUCAAUGGCGAGGACCUCGAAAUCCCGCAAUCCGCUGCAGUCGGUUUUGCCAUUGGGUAUGUUGUAUGCGGGUACCGUACGUUUGCUGCCCUCCCCACUG